CUUUCUCUUUUUUUUUAAAAAAAAAUAUGAGCUUGCCUUUUACUACUUACACUUUUGAUCCCAAGACCGAGAAAAAGUUGCCAGGUGCUGCCAUCAUUGUAUUUCAAGAAUGGUGGGGUGUCAAUGAUUUUAUCAAGAAUCACGCUCAAAUCAUUGCUGACAAAACAGGUGCUCGUACAGUGGUUCCUGACGUCUACAAGGGAAAGCUCGGUUUAACUGCUGAGGAAGCUAGUCAUUUAAUGACUAACCUUGACUGGGAUGUUGCCAUUGGGGAAAUGGAGUUAUUGGUUACACAAUUAAGAGAACAAGGUUACAACUCCAUUGGUGCUAUUGGUUUCUGUAUGGGUGGUGGACUUACACUUGCUUUGGCUGCUCAUGCUGCCAAGAUUGGUAAGCCUAUUCAAGUAGCUGUACCUUGUUAUGGUACUGCUCCUGCCACAUUUGACGUGACAAAUUUGAAGGAUACAGCAGUCCAAGGUCACUUUGGUGGAAAGGACAAUGUUGUUGGCUUCAGUGAUCCUCCAUCAGCUGACAAGUUGGAAGCUCAAUUGAAGAAUGCAAAGGAUCUUGAAAUCCACCGUUAUCCCGAUCAAGGUCAUGCCUUCUUAAACGAUGAUGAUUGGACUGUAACCAAGCGUAAAGAAUUGGGCUUUGUCGAAAGUGAUAUUGAACCCAUCAGUGCUGAAAAGGCUGUACGUGAACAAGCGUGGGGUAGAAUUUACAGUUACUUGAUCAAGCAUUUGAGCAACUAAGUGACUGCUCAUUUUAUAGCCCAAAACAUCAAAUAAUAAAUAAAAUAAAAAAAAAAACUUUCUUUUUUGUA